CCUCGGGCUCAAUGUUAGCUCGUUGGCUCCCGCUGACAAAACAUGGAGCCGCCGGCGAAGGACUAGGCGAUCAUCGGCAGCGCACUCGCCACACUUGGAAUGGCUCCCAGUUUAUGCAGAUUGGUUCUUUCGCUCCCCUUUCCCCGAAAGACUCGAGCUUUACCUCGUAACCUUCACUCGUGCACCUGGGUCUUGAAACCAGACACUGCAGGGUCGAGUGCCCACCAACUGUUUGUUCAAUUGCCUAUACCAGAUACCAGAACCGCGACAAAGUUAAUUGGGCAGUUAGCCAGACAGAAGCAACACAGAGAGGCUUUACGAUUGUUUUCUGAAAUGCUCUAUCGGAACAUUAGACCCAGUGAGUUCACUUUUGGGACUGUCAUUCCAUUGUCCACAGCAAUCAAGGACAUCGAAUUGGGGAGGCAGUUCCAUUGUUGUGCUUUGAGAAUGGGACUUCACUCUGUAGUCUUUGUGGGAACUGCACUGCUAGAUUUUUACGCAAAGUUAGUUUCGUUACACGAAGCUCGAAUGGCAUUUGAGGAUAUAGACCACCCCAAUGUUGUCUCAUACACAACUCUGGUACAUGGGUACCUGAAGAAAGGCUCUUGCAAGGAAGCUAUCAGGCUCUUUAACCGGAUUCCAGAGAGGAAUGUGGUGUCCUGGAACGCGAUGAUCGGUGGGCUUAGCCAAAUGGGUCACAAUGAAGAAGCUAUAAAUAUCUUUGUUCACAUGCUGAGACAAUGCGUAACACCUGUUGAAUCCACAUUUCCUCGUGCUAUCAUUGCUGCUUCAAAUGUAGCAGCAAUUGGAAUGGGCAAAAGCUUUCACGCUUGUGCUGUCAAAACGAAUUGCCAUCUCGAUGUGUUUGUUGCAAAUUCCUUGAUCAGCUUCUACUCGAAAUGUGGGGAUAUGGAGGAUAGUCUCCUGGUCUUUGACAAGCUUCCUGACAGAAAUGUGGUCUCUUGGAAUGCUGUGAUUUGUGGGCUUGCACAGAAUGGAAGAGCAAAGGAUGCUUUGAUGUUCUUUGAUAGGAUGCUGGCAUCAGGUUUUAACCCGAACGAUGUCACCCUUUUGGGUGUUCUAUGGGCUUGCAACCAUGCUGGUCUUGUCGAUGCAGGCUACUCACAUUUCAACCAAGCAAGGAUCAGGAACCCCAGCGCAUUGAGACCUGAACAUUAUGCGUGUAUGGUCGAUCUACUCUCUCGCUGUGGUCGAUUCCAGGAAGCUGCAGCAUUCAUCAUGAGCUUGCCAUUCGAUCCUGGUAUCGGGUUCUGGAAGGCAUUGCUCGGAGGGUGUCGAAUACACUCGAAUGAAGAAUUGGGCGCACUGGCAGCCCGAAAGAUCUUAGCUUUGGAUCCUGGGUGUGACGUUUCGUCUUAUGUAAUGCUGUCGAAUGCUUAUUCCUCGGCGGGCAAAUGGGGUGAGGCAUCAUAUGUAAGGAGAGAAAUGAAGGAGAAAGGGCUAAUGAGGGUUUGUGGAUGCAGUUGGAUUGAAAUCAAAGGUGAAGUUCGUGUUUUCACUAAUAGAGAUGAGAACUGUAAGCAUAAGGAUGAUAUUUAUUGGAUGCUGAAUUUUUUGGUUGAGCAAUCGGUAAUGGCUACCGGCCAUCUUUGAACAGGAUUUCUGUGUUUAUGUGUACAAGCUAACAUACUUUUCUGUAUUCAUCAAGGUAGGGUAAUUUAUUAAUCUUAAUCAGCUUCUGGGAUUUUGGCCCAUUUUCCUCUUUCUUUGGCCUGCUUGAUGAGGCCAACCACAAAUUUUAGAUAGUUCGAUCUCUGCUGCUCGUGACAACAACAACAAAACCUGCCCAAACCAAAUAUGGAUGAACCUAAAAUAUGGACCAAUGUGGGACAACUAAGAAAAGUUGGGCUUGUGACAUCUACAAAAACAAGAAAGGAUGCUCAUAGGAGGACCAGCUAUGGCCUUCACAUUCCAACUGUGAAAAAUAUGUUUACAGGUUGGAUGAUAUCAAAUUCGCAAUCGUGGUUACCCGAUAGUGCUCAACCCAGUCAACAUGGAAAAUUCUCAUGUUGAUUGGGUAUGGGACUGGUGUUGGUAAAAUCGCAAAAAAAUUGAUAGGGAUGAAGACAACUCUUGCCCCAUAUAUGUACUCAUAUCAGCCUCACAAAGAGUACUUCUUCAUAUAUUAAAAACAUAGUGAUCAUAUUGUAACAACUCAACUUACAGGAAGGGUGAUUCGGAAAAAAAUUAGAGAGUUGAAAUGCAAUUGAGUGGUCAUGGUCACCCAAACCAAAUACUAAUUCUUUGUCUCAAUUCGCCAUUCACUCUUUAACUUAUUUCCCCUCUGUUAACAAGAUUAUAUUAGUUAUUUAUUGAUUAAUAAAUAUGUGGGAGUCAAUUGUGUUGUACUUAUCGAUUAAUGGAUAUUUAAGGAUUGAAUGCUUUGAAUUCGUAUUGAGAAUGAUUGUACCUUUGCCGAUUUUGUGAUUUAUUAUGUAUGUUUAGUGUUAUAAAUGAAAAUCUACAUGCUGAGUUUUACAUAUAGUAAUACUGGAUAUCCGGAUCGGGUAUUACCCACGAGUACCCAAAAACUGCGACAAUGGGGUUGGAGUAGCAAAACCUCCUCAGAUGGUUAUGAGAUGAGUAUGAAUUUGAAUAUUUAAAAAUAAUGAUGUGUAUGAUUUAUGGAAAUCCUCCCAAACCUGUCUCAUUACCAACCCUACUGACAUGGCACACAGUCGUCAGAUCAUACGUUGAGCGUUUCAAGUAACCAGUGAUUGUCCACCCUAGGACUAUAUGGUAUUAGCUAAAUUUUUAGAGGGGAGAGGUUUGUAUUUUAAAAGUCUCUAAGUCAAGCAUCUCAUUAGGUGCAAUGAGAUAUUUGGCCAAAAUACCAUAUUAUCCAAAUGACCUAACCAAACCACUUGUCAUUGAAGAGUUUUAAAAUUUUAACUAUUUUCUCGUUCAAAUAAACAUAAGUCGACAUAAACAUUAAAGCAAACACAUAUCUAAGUCGGGUUGCCAUAGUAACAAGUAAAAGUGAAUAUCGAUAUUAAAGCCUUCAACAAACUUAAUACAAAAUCUCAGAUGAGGUAAAAAUGUCCUGCAACUACCCUUCUCUUUUACCAAAAAGAACAAUAAACUAAAGGCUAACAUUCAAUCACCAAAAAGACUUUCAAUGUCUCCUCCCUUCUCACUCCACCGCCCAAACCACCUGAAAAGAAACCAGUAGGAAAUCAGAAAAGGAGAGGAAGGUCCAGCAACAGAGAUAGUAAAUGCUCUGAGAAAUGGAAGGGCGGAGAAGCAAGAUUUAUUGACCCUCUACCAGAUAGCUCACAGAGAAUCAGAGGGGCACAAGGAAUGUACUGCCAACGAGCACCUGAGAUAGAGACAGGGGUGAACGGCGGCUCAAUCAUGAGCUCCCAGGAUAAUAAAUGCGCAAGGAGAGAUGCAGGAAGAAUUAAGAGCACUAGACCGGGCUACCCACCAGGAUCUACCAGUAAAACUCAGACAAUAGGAGGGAAAUUCAGAAGGGGGAGUAGAGCGGCCAAUAAAUGCAGCAAUAAAUG